GCGCUGCCUCCAGUCACGGCGAGACUGACCGCUCUACUAACAUAUAGAAUAAUAACACAAGAAUUCCUCAACUGGGGGAGCAGCAGAGGCAGUGUUAAGCAUAAGAAAUACUCCUUGUCCUGGGUGCUUCUAAUUCAGGAUGCAGUGGGAAGCAAAGAGUGGGAAGCAAAGGAGCCAGAUACCAAAUAAAUGAUGCAAGAAAGUUUGCAUGGAAUGCCAUCCCGUUUUUGGAAAGUGUGGUGGCUAUCUAUCAAGACAAUGCAAAGUACGCUGAUUGCUAAUUGCACCCACAUUUAAUGGUGAUUCUAGAGUGGAAAAUGGGGAAUUCAGAAAGCCAGUACAGCCUUCAUGGAUCAAAAAAUCACACUAAUGCUGCAUCUGGUGCCAAGCAGAAGCCGUGUUCUCUGAAAAUUCACAGCAUUCAUGCUAACAAUGAAAAGUCUUGCUCCUUGCAUGGAUGGGGACACAGCAGCAGUGGCACUAGCUACAAAUCGAGAUCACUAGCCAGAAGCUGCCUCUCUCACUUCAAGAGUAACCAGCCUUAUUCACCUAGGCUCAGUGACACAGUGGCAAAGACCUCUAAAAGCAGUAUCCAUGCCAAACACAGGACAAAUGCCUCAGGAAACUACUGCCAGGGAAGCAAUGCGGCAUUUUUUCCUGAGAAUGGUUUCCACUAUAUUGGCCUUGAAGCUGCAAGUAAUCAUGUUGCCUCCAGGGAAUGCAGUGGACAUAUUUUAAAUUGCUACGGAAAGAAUGAGAGCCUAGCAUCAACCCCACCACCAGAUGACAGGAGGAGCCCCAAAGUUCUCAUUAAAACACUGGGGAAGCUGGAUGGCUGUUUAAAGGUUGAGUUUCACAACAGUAGCAACAACAAAGUCUCUACAGAGGAAUCCAAUGGACCAGUCCAGCUGCUGAGGUACUCGCCUACUUUAGAAUCCAAAUCUAAUGAUCUGCUAGAGGUGAGGAGGAACUCCAGUACAGAUGACACUUCAAGUCAUCGUCUGUCUCCCACUGACUCAAGACUUAGAUCCAGUAAAGGAAGCUCCCUAAGCUCAGAGUCUUCAUGGUAUGACUCUCCCUGGGGCAACAAUGGGGAUAUCAAUGAGCUGGAUGGCUCCUACCUGACCAGGAGCACUCCGGAUACAAGGAUUCAUGCCAGUUUUCCCACAAAUGACAGCAAAAAGUCCUUCAACCAAAGUUCAUCUCUUUCCUCCCUCCGCGAUCUAUAUAAGGAUACAAAUUUAGAAAGUAGCCCAUCCUCAGCUCUCAGGUUGUCUGAUGAAUACAUUGGCACUCAUGCCAGUUUAAGCAACCACGUUUCUUUUGCCUCAGACAUUGAUGUUCCCUCUAGGGUAGAACACAGAGGCCCCACACAGUACUCUUCUUAUACCCUCCCAUGUAGAAAAUCCAAACCCCUAAACGACGAUGCCUCCAAGAAGGAUACAUUAAAAAGCAGGAUGCGACGCAUCAGUGACUGGACAGGAAGCCUCUCUAGGAAGAAAAGAAAACUGCAGGAGCCAAAAUCCAAAGAUCUGAGUGAGUACUUUGACAGCAGAAUUGAUAACCUCGCUACGGACACUCUGGCACCUUCGCAGAUGUCUGGUUUACUGUGGUCACCUGGCUCUGGCCACAUUCUGCCCCAGAGAAGCGAAUCCACUAAUGCGAUCAGCAGUGAUGCCCUGAGGCAGAACAUUUAUGAAAACUUCAUGAGGGAGCUGGACAUGAGCAGGACUAACGCUGAGAAUACGGACACAUCAACAGACACAGAGGACUCCAGCAGUGAAUCACUCAGUUCCUUAGAGCAACUGGAUCUGCUGUAUGAGAGAGAACAAGGAGUUGUGCGCAAAGCAGGGUGGCUCUUCUUCAAGCCGUUGGUAACUCUACAGAAGGAGAAAAAACUUGAGCUGGUUGCACGGAGAAAGUGGAAACAGUAUUGGAUAACACUCAAAGGUUGUACCCUGCUGUUUUAUGAGACUUAUGGCAGGAAUUCCAUGGAACAGAGCAAUUCACCAAGAUAUGCUCUGUUUGCAGAGGACAGCAUAGUGCAGUCUGUCCCUGAACAUCCCAAGAAGGAAAAUGUGUUUUGCCUCAGCAAUUCUUUUGGAGAUGUGUAUCUAUUUCAGGCAACAAGCCAGACGGACCUGGAAAACUGGAUUACAGCAAUACACUCGGCUUGUGCUUCCCUCUUUGCAAAGAAACUUGGGAAAGAGGACACUGUCAGGCUUUUGAAAAACCAGACCAAGAGCCUUAUCCAGAAGAUUGACAUGGAUAGCAAGAUGAAAAAGAUGGCAGAAUUACAGCUCUCAAUUGUCAGCGAUCCAAAAAACAGGAAGGCCAUAGAGAAUCAGAUCCAGCAAUGGGAGCAGAAUCUAGAGAAAUUUAACAUGGACCUCUUCAGGAUGCGCUGCUACCUGGCGAGUCUACAAGGUGGGGAGUUACCAAACCCUAAGAGCCUUCUGGCUGCCACCAGCCGUCCUUCAAAACUGGCACUGGGGAGACUGGGCAUCUUCUCAGUCUCCUCCUUCCAUGCACUGAUCUGCUCCAGGGAUGAGGCUGCUCUCAGGAAACGAACCCUGUCUCUGUCACAGAGGGUACGAAGUAAGAAGGGCUUAUUUUCCUCACUCAAAGGGCUAGACACUUUGGCAAGAAAAGGGAAAGAAAAACGACCUUCAGUAACUCAGAUUUUUGAUUCAACUGGGGGAAAUGGAUUUGCAGGCACACAGCUACUCCAGAAAUCAUCCAACUCUACUGAGCAGCAAGUUGAUGAAUUUUUAAACGUCUACUGCUCUGCAUCAGAAAGUGGCCAGAAAGAGAGCGCUUGGGAAAUCCAAACAUAUGUUCAUUUCUGUGAUAGGCCAGGAGUCACGUUAACUCUCAAGCCAGAACACAGAGUGGAAGAUGUUUUGUCUUCGGCAUGCAAGAUGAGGCAGCUGGAACCAAGACACUACGGUCUACAACUUAGAAGAUUAGUUGAUGAAAACAUUGAGUAUUGUAUUCCUGAAGCAUAUGAAUACAUACAAGAUCAGAUAUACGAUGAAAUAGAAAUUUUUCCUUUAAAUGUUUACCAUGUACAUCUUACUAAGACUGAGACUAUACCUGAUUUUGGGUUUGCAGUCACAGCUCAAGUUGUUGAAAACCAGCAUCUUACUCAUAUAUUCAUAAGUGAUGUCCUUCCAGAUGGACUGGCUUACAAAGAAGGGUUGAGAGUGGGCAAUGAAAUCUUGAUGAUAAACGGCGAGGCCAUCUCUGAUCUUGACCUCAGGCAGAUGGAGUUAUUGUUUUCUGAGAGAAGUGUCACGCUCACGGUGAAAGCAAGUCAUUAUGGCCCUAAGCGAGCAUUAUGUACGUCGUGGUCAGAUGGCGACAUUUCCAGGGACCCGAAAAGCUUGUUACCCCCUCCUAACCAGUCACAGCUCCUGGAAGAAUUUCUGGAUAAUUUCAAAAAGAACACUGCAAAUGAUUUUAGCAAUGUGCCUGAUGUCACGGCUGGUCUGAAGAGGAGCAGUACUGAUGGCACUUUGGACCAAGUGCCACACAGGCAGAAGACUGACCCACCUUUCAGGAGCACCGAACAAAUCACUACAUUGUGUCAGAAUUUUCCUGAAGUCCAGGCAAACAGCAUGGAAGGACAAAAGGACAGCCAAGAUCUACCCCUGAGACCACUGGGACGAGCCCUGUCUGAUGCAGAUAGGUUGAGAAAGGUCAUCCAAGAACUUAUGGACACUGAGAAGUCAUAUGUCAAGGAUUUGAGCUGCCUUUUUGAGUUAUACUUGGAACCCCUUCAAAAUGAGACCUUCCUUACCCAAGAUGAGAUGGAGUCAUUGUUUGGCAGUCUGCCAGAAAUGCUGAAUUUCCAGAAGGUGUUUUUGGAGACCCUGGAAGAUGGAAUUUCUUCCUCCUCAGAUUUUAACACACUGGAAACCCCAUCCCAGUUUCGGAAACUGUUGUUUUCACUCGGAGGUUCUUUCCUGUAUUAUGCUGACCACUUCAAACUGUACAGUGGAUUCUGUGCAAACCACAUAAAAGUUCAGAAAGUCCUUGAGCGAGCCAAAACAGAUAAAGCUUUUAAGGCCUUUCUGGAUGCACGGAACCCCACGAAACAGCAUUCUUCUACGCUGGAGUCGUAUCUCAUCAAGCCUGUUCAGAGAGUGCUGAAGUACCCCUUGCUCCUGAAGGAGCUGGUGUCCCUGACAGAUAAUGAGAGUGAGGAGCAUUAUCAUCUGACAGAGGCACUGAAGGCAAUGGAAAAAGUAGCCAGUCACAUCAAUGAGAUGCAGAAGAUAUAUGAGGACUAUGGUACCGUGUUUGACCAACUGGUUGCAGAUCAGAGUGGAACAGAGAAGGAGGUCACAGAACUUUCAAUGGGAGAACUUCUGAUGCACUCUGCUGUUUCCUGGUUGAAUCCUUUCCCAUCACUGGGCAAAGCAAGAAAAGACCUUGAACUUACAGUGUUUGUUUUUAAGCGGGCCGUCAUACUGGUAUAUAAGGAGAACUGCAAACUGAAAAAGAAACUGCCUAAUAAUGUACGGGCCGCACAUAAUUAUGGCGACUUGGAUCCAUUUAAAUUUCGUUGGCUAAUUCCUUUAUCUGCUCUUCAAGUCCGGCUGGGGAAUACAGCAGGAACAGAAAACAAUUGCAUCUGGGAACUGAUUCAUACAAAGUCAGAAAUAGAAGGCAGGCCAGAAACAAUCUUUCAGUUGUGCAGCAGCGACUGUGAAAGCAAGACUAACAUUGUUAAGGUGAUUCGUUCCAUUCUGCGGGAGAACUUCAGACGUCACAUAAAAUGUGAGUCGCCAUUGGAGAAAACGUGUAAAGAUCGCCUAGUUCCACUCAAGAACCGCAUUCCUGUUUCAGCCAAACUGGCUUCCACAAGACCCCUUAAGGUACUGAAGAAUUCCUCCAGUAAUGAGUGGAAUAAUGAUACAGGGAAAGGAAACUUACUGGAUUCUGAUGAAUGCAGCCUGAGUAGCAGUACUCAGAGUAGCAGCUGCCAUACCACAGAAAGCAUACAGGAAUCCAAAAAUUCAUCUCCUAUGAAACACUUUCCGAGCUGCACAUCCGAUUUUUCAAACAGCCUUGUCAAGGAAUCUGAUAUUCUCAGUGAUGAUGAGGAUGACUAUCAGCAGAGCCUAAAGAAGGGCAGCCCUACAAGAGACAUUGAAAUACAGUUCCAGCGGCUGAAGAUUUCAGAGGAGCCUAGUGCUGACACAGAGCACAAGCCGCUCGCUGAAAAAGAGGCUGGGGAUGGUUAUAAGGCAGGAGAACAUCCAAAGCUGGUGCGUGGGCAUUUCUGUCCAAUUAAACGAAAAGCAAACAGCACAAAGCAUAACAAGGGAACGUUACUGGCAAUGCAAGAACAUCACCAUUCUCUUGACAGUCACUCUGACAGUGCAAACUUGGAUCUGAAUUCUAUUUUAGAGAGGGAAUUUAGUGUCCAGAGUUUAGCUUCUGUAGUUAAUGAGGACUGCUUUUAUGAAACAGUGGAGAGGCAUGGACAAUCCUAGCUGUGUGAGUGCUAUAUGAUUUAAC